CUAUUGGCUGGUUGCUUCGCCCCGCCAGUUGGCUGUAGAAAUAGCGCCAUUAUCAAACAGCGUUCAUCCUGUUGUUCUUUUCGGGUUGUUUACGGACAAACUUUCAUAAAUAGAUUCAGAUAAACGGAGGUAGACUCAAAGUUUGUGACUUUAUUAGACGAGUAGUUAUCGUCCAGAUGACUCGACCUUCGUCAUAUGUGAAGCUAACGGAGGGAGCUAACAAAGCUAACGGAGGGAGCUAACGGGGCUAACUUGUAGCAGUUGUAAGCUGAACUCUCGAGCCGCGGUGUUUCCUGCGUUGAGUGUCCGUUGGUAGAGCGUUCUGUCGGCCACAGCAGGGAUGAGUUGCCCGGUGAACCUCCAGGAUCUUCCGUCCGGAGUGUUUGAAACGGUUUUUACUCCAGAAAACGUGAGAGUAAGGACGAUGAACUCUCUGACUCCGCUCAGCUUCCCCAAAACCAGAUCAGCUCUGUGGGACGGCAGCCCUGCAGGAGACAAGCUCCGCCUCCAGCUCGGCACUCACAGGAAGCCUCGGCUGGUGCUGCUGGAGAAAGCUCUGCGUCUGGCUCAGCGUCACGCCCGUCACAGCAACAAGCCCCGCCUCCUGUGUUUCCUCCUGGGCUCGCUGUGUGUCGACGCAGAUGAGGAGGGGGUCACUGUGACUCUGGACCGGUUCGACCCGGGUCGGGACCAGCCCGGAGCCUCGGGCCGGGUCCCCACCGCGCUGCUGCCCGGAGACGUCCUGGUUCCCUGUCUGUUCUCCUCGGAGACCUCGUCUGACGCCGUCGUCCAAUCGGAGGCUGAGCUGCAUCACUGCUUCAAGGUGUUGCAGCAGUGCGUGAGCGGCAGACAGUCUCUGGAUCUGUCUCACCUGUUGAGGGUCAGAGGUCACGUGGUCUGCUGUCAGCAGUCUGACUCCGCGGCGUUCUCCCUCCGCUGGUCGGCCGUGUGUCCGUCCGUCAGCGUGGAGGUCCAGCCGGUCCGACCCGUCGCCGUCAUCCCCACGGCUCUGCUGAGGAGUCUGACCGGAGACACCCGGCCCCCGCUGCUCGGCAACCGGCACAGAGGGUUUCUGACCAUGGAUCAGACCAGGAAGCUGCUGCUGCUGCUGGAGUCGGAUCCUAAAGCCUCCAACCUGCCGCUGGUCGGACUCUGGCUGAGUGGAGUCGUUCACGUCUCCAACCCUCAGGUGUGGGCCUGGUGUCUGAGGUUCCUGUGUAGCUCCGCCCUCCAGGACAGAGUUCUGUCUGAGAGCGGCUGUUUCCUCCUGGUCCUGUUCGGCUCGACCCACAGAGCUCCUCAGUUCUUCCAGUGUCGAGGAUCAGCAUCUGGACCACAGCUGGACUACCGCCUGCUGACUGCCUCCCAGUGUGUCACACUCUACCAGCAGGCGGUCUCGGUGGAGGGUCAGACUCUACGCUGUGAGCUCGGCUCAGAGGAUCACAGCCGCCAGACGGAGGUCUUCAGAGAGGCUCUGACCUCCUUCAACAGAGCCGCCCCCUCGGCUGCCGGUCUCUCUGUCAGCGAUCAGGACUCGGGGGUCGAAGAUGAAGACUUGUCUCCCCGCCCGUCCCCGAGCCCCCACCUCCCCGCUCAGCAGGCUCGCAGAGUUCAGCCGUCUGUUCCUGAACUUUCUCUGCUGAUUGACAGCAGCUUCGUCUCCAAUCACAACAGCUGGCAGGAGGCAGGCUCCGCCCCCAGGCCUGCUGCAGCUGCUGACAGGAAGUCUGCCCCUGCGACAGUAAACAGACCUGCAGCCCCCCCUCACCUCCACAGCACGCCAUACUCCAACCUGCAGCCGCCCUGCAGCUGCUGCUCCGCCCAAACCUACGAGUGCACCUCCAUCUUCUCCUCGCCGGGACUCCGCCCCGCUCACCCUCACCACAACGCUCCGAGCCUCCACCCUGCUGCUGCUCCAUCCUCCCAUCCCCACACUCCUCCUCCUCCUUCCAUCAACCAUCCACCUGUUUCUGUUCCUCCACCCUCCAUCCAUCUCUCUGCCCCUCCUCCCUGUCCCUGCAGCCACCCUCCCCCCACCCCUCGGUGUGGAGACUCCUCCUCUCUUCCCUCUCCUCGGUGUGGAGACUCCUCCUCUCUUCCCUCCCCUCUGUACUCCUCCUCUCUUCCCUCUCCUCGGUGUGGAGACUCCUCCUCUCUUCCCUCCCCUCGGUGUGGAGACUCCUCCUCUCUUCCCUCCCCUCGGUGUGGAGACUCCUCCUCUCUUCCCUCUCCUCGGUGUGGAGACUCCUCCUCUCUUCACCCGUCCCAUCCAGCAGUAGCAGCCUCUGUGUCUUCCUCCUGUGUGCAUCAUCAAGGGGGAGGAGUCAUCCCGUCUGACACCUACCAGCUGCUCCUCCAUCAGGACCGACAGCUCCGCCUGCUGCAGGAGCAGGUCCAGAUGUUGCUGGAGGCUCAGAGGAAACUUCAGUCGUCGUCCGGCCAGCAGGUCGAUACUCAGACACCCAAAAGCACCGCCAGCAUCGCCGUGGGAACAGGUGCCAGUUUGUUCUGGGGGACUCCGGUCCAGUUCCCCCUCCCCCAUCAGCUAGAACAGGCUCCUCCCCCUUCCUCACAGGGUGACCUGUCCGUCAACGGGCCUGGGGGCGGAGCCGAGAACAGUGACAUCACAACUCAAGAGGCUGCCUGCUCCCCCUCUGCUCAGCACAGCGUCAGCGGGCUGCAGAGUCCCGUCCUGGGAGAGAGUGUGAGCAUGUACAGACCUGCAGACAACCAGCACAGCUUCUUUAACAACCUGAUGACUCAGGUGACCAGUCGUCUCCAGGAGUCAGAGAGUAAACAGGAAGUGGAAGAGGAGGAGGAGGAGGAGGAGGAGGAGGAGUCCCGGAGGCGGAGCCUGUCUGUGGUUUCGGCCCAGUCGUCCCGGAGGAGGCGGAGCUGUGGAGGAGACUCGGUGCUCAGCGCCACCGUGAGGCAGCUGCAGCAGCUCGGAGUCAACGUAGAAGAAGAAGAUCUGAGCGAGUCGGACCGGAGAAACCAGCAGACUAUAGAGAGCAGCAGCACCCUGGCGGGCAUCAACCCAGCGGCUGUAGUGUCCAGACUGAGCGUGUCCGAGUCGUCGGCGAGCUCUCUGUUGCCGGGCGCCAGCGUGGACCUGAGUCUGGAGGCCAACGCCAUCGCGCUGCGCUACCUGAGCGACUCCCAGCUCAGCCGGCUGUCUCUGGGAGGCCACGCCCCCCAAACACUCCCCGCCUCCAGCUCCAACCACUCCCUGCUGUCGCCUAGCAACAUGUCCCUGGCCACCAGGAAGUACAUGCGCCGCUACGGCCUCAUCGAGGAAGAAGACGAGGAAGAGGAAGAAGAAGAUGUUCGCCCGCCACUGCUCCCACAGAGUCAGCUGAUCCGCCACCUGAGGCCCAAAAUGCCACCGUACCCCGGCGGGAACAAAGCCAACGGAGCCAACAAGGAGAACCGGUCCAACCGGUCCAACCGGCAUCCAGCGUCAGUCAGGACGGGUAGCCGCCAGACGGAGGGAUCGGUAGGGAACAUCCUGGACCUGAGCCGCCUCAGGCAGCUCCCCAAACUCUUCUGACUCCACAUCCUGGACCUGAGCCGCCACAAACAACCAGAGAACCAAUACGCAUGGACUCUGGUGGGAAAACCCCUGCUGUCUGAAAGAAAGAAAACAAACACCACAACAUCAGCAGCAGUCUGACAGGUGCUAGUGACUAUAAUAAACUCCUAUUUAUUUACAUUUUAAAUGGACUCCUGUGUGUCUGAAGUGCGUUCAGCGGGGAAACGGGGAGACAAACAUUCAGGGAACAAACUGCUCUUACUCAUUUCUUCUUAAAGCGGCUGGCAGAUUUUAGAAAUUGUCAUAUUUUAAAGUGAGUCUGGUGUCGAAACACCAGCUGUCGGAAAGGUGCUGAGGACUUUAUAGAUAGGUAGUCUGGUAUGGAAACACUCCGGUAAUCGGACUCACAGAGGACUUGGACAAACACCAAAACACUGGCUGUCUGUCGGUGCUGGGGACUUUAAAAACUGUCCUAUUUUAAAUGGAGUCUGGUGUCUCCAAUGUGCGUUCAGUAAAGACCAGAGCCAAAUAUUCAGGAAACCUGCUGCAGUUUAGACGAAUUUAAGGAUUUUAAGUCUGGUGUGGAACCACUGUGCUGGUCUGACUCAAAGCGGAAUAGGACAAACUCCAAAAAACUGUCUGUCUGUUAAGGGCUGGGGACUCUAAAAACUCUCCUAUUUUAAAUGGAGUCUGGUGGGUCCAAGUGUGGAAACUUGUUUUUUUCAUUAAAAUCAAACCGGUUUUAACUGGAACUCUUCCAUCUUUAGUGUGACAUUUAAAACCUGUUUGUAAAUGGAGUCUGGGGGUUUACUGGUCAGACUGGUUUUGUCUGUUUUAACACAUUUUAUCAGACGUUAUUGUACACGUUUGUAUGUUUUUAUGAAAUGUGUGUUUGAUCUUUUAUUUUUGUCGUCACUUCCUGUUUUAAUGUGAAAUGUCUUUUGCACAUAUUUCUUUUUCAAUAUUUAUGAUUUCACAAAUAAAACUUUUCAUAAUACUUUUAA